AUGGCGUUUCGGGGCAGCACGUACUACUGUGUGGUCAUCCUGAUUUUGUGGGUGUCAUCAACUUGUGAAUCCUGCCAUGGCACUGCUGCAUUCUGGAAACGAAAUCAACUGCCAAGAAAAAUCGUGUCUUAUGGGGGGACUGUCAAUCGUCUGUGGUGGUGGAAGCAGACGAGAUCUGCAAAGUUGGACUUGACGAAAUAUUACCUGGAAUGUAGAGGGGGAAGCGAUUUUAGUGACUGUUCUUCUUCUGAUGAGGAGGAAGAGGAAGGUGAAUACAGUGAGAGCUCUGAAGAGGAGGAGGAAGACUUACUGGAAGAAACUGAGCCUGCAGAAAGUGUGCCUCCUGAAAUUAUGGAAUCAGAACAAAAACCAGAUCCAGAAACCAAACAACUUGAAAAUGACAAUACGCUUCUUCCAGACCACACGACAAAUAACAAUAAUCUGGAAUCUCGCAUAUGGCAUACAUCCGACAUGCUGCAAAAUCUAGUUGCACGGUCCGCCGUCAAAAGCCCAGAAUCCGUCAGCCAUCGAGAGCUUAUUACCAAACGCGCCAAUGAUUACUUGGACGAUCUCAUGACGAAACGAAGAGAGCAGCAGCAAGUCAACAACAACAGUAAUAAUGGAAAGCAACAACAACAACCUCCCAAACUUCCUCAUCCCAAAAAGGUCUUGCAUUAUUUGGCUCCCAAAAUUCCCGCCAUCAAACACAGUCCCGAUGUCAACUUGAAAAUUGUCACGGCACGAUCCGACAUUGAUUCCGGUGUGGCGGCCUGUUUGAUUGGGACGUUGGCACGAGUGUGUGAAGUCUACGAUCGACAAGUGUUAUUGCAGAACCGCAAGCUAGUAGUAGUCAGCGAAAGCAGCAAGCAACAACAUAAUUCAAAGGCGCCGUCCGUGUCGGCGUCGGUGGAUUUGGUCAAAGAUCGACGCUUUGAGCAAGUCGUAGAAUGUCUCCUUUGUGGUGUCGAUGUCAAGAAGCGAAAACGAGAGAAUCUGACGCACUUUUUGGAUGCCAAGAAGAAACGGCAAGAAGAAGAUGACGUCGUCGAGCAGGACAUUGUAGAAGACAUUAUAGAGGGAAGUGGUGAACAAGUCACUGUGCGAGAGGGAUUGAGCAUCCGUGACGCCUGCCGAGCGGCGUGGGGUCUGGCCAUUUUGGGAGCUCAUCAUCGUGAAAGACUGGGAGGAACUAAGGUUACGGAUCUAUUAAUGGCACUGAGCUUGAGAAUACGAGAGCUGUUGCUGUCCCGAUUGCAAAUGUUCUUGCAGGGCGAUCUGAUGGAAGAUCUCAUUAUUAAAAACACGGACGAUGCCAACUGGAAACCUCCGUCACCCGAACAGAGAGUCGACGAAAUGGCGGAAGAACUGGCCGAAGACUCGGCCGCUGCCAUGUGGGCGUUUGCAUGUGUACGAGCUUGCACGGGGAUGAGAAGUGCUCCUCUCUUUGAAACAUGUUGUGCCAUUCUGUGUCAGGAUCCAGUGGACAUGAGAAAGCGAGCACAAGCCAAGAAUGAAGAUGCUAGCGUCAACGAUCUUUUAAGCCGACUUGCCCACUCGGAGGCCAAAAUACUGUUGGAGGAAGAAACGAACAAUUCAACUCAAUCCCAAUCCGAAACACCCAAAUCAACGGGAAAGACAACAACGGUCUCUGAAAAUAAGGACGCACUGAUUGACUGGCUGUCGCCCAAUGAACUCACGGAUGUCUUGUGGGCUUUGGCGCUGCACGGUCAUUCGGACGGCAGUGUGCGCGAGGACACUGUUCUAUCCGAGAAUGCGGGGACAUUGAAAGAUAUUGCAUUUGAUAGACUGAUGGUUUUCCUUCGAAAGGACUGCGCGCUCGUGGCAUUGCGAAAUGAGCAGCGUAAGCAGGAUGAGCAGCGUAAGCAGGCUGAAGAGAGCCGCGUGGAAACCGAAAUCAACUUGAACCUUUCGACGGAAGAGGUCGUUACCAACGAAGGAGAAACAGUCACCGUCCAAGUGGUAGAUGCAGCAGCUCUCUUGGCGUCUGAAAAGGCUGCGCUUGUCGCGGCCGCUGAUAGUGCCGGGGCUCCACCAUCGAUGAAUGUAGACAAUGACGAUGAAGUUGCAGCUGCGUACGAGGCCAUCGUCAGUCAAUCUUCACAGGAGCUUGCUGUCAAAGCCAAAGAAACAGCGUCGGCCCCGCAGGAUGUACUCCUUGCAGAAGACACAAUAGAGGCAGGUGGACUCAACGAUGAUGGGACGACUGGUAACGGCAACAGCGAGGAAUCCACUGCGGCUGUAACAGAUCGUCUCUACUUUUCUGCGCACGAUUUGUGUUCGCUUGCAUGGGCUGUGACAGAGCUCAGAGACUCGUUGCGCUUUCAAAUCGUCGAUUUGGUCAUAAAUAUCUUCCUGGGGCUCGGAGAAGAGUCCUUUGAUGACCUAAGUGGAGCCGACUUGUCCAAUCUGGCGUGGGCUUGUGCCAGACAUACAAAUGAUGCUAGACCCUGGUCAAGUGAAAAAGAAAACCCCGGCUGCUUGCAGUUGGGAAUCUGGGUUGUAAGGCGGGCGUUGAUUGCGUCCGGUGGGCAUGAUGGGGGGCACGAUCUAGCUCAGCCAAUCCACAUGCUUGACCCAUUCCAGCCACCCGAGUUGAGUAGACUCAUGUGGGCAGUUGCCAGCCUGGUGGCAACGUUUGCUGACAGAAACGACCACUUCCCCGAUAUUGAAGACCUGGCAAUGCACGCUCUUAUUUCGGCAGGAAGCAACCUAUCAAUGUUCUCCCCAGAAGACUUGGUAAGAAUAUUCUGGGCUUUUCUGGAAGUUUGCGACAUGGACGAGACGUUGUCACAGCCUGGAGUGGCAGAUGCCCUCGGCAAAGUGUUUUCUACGAUUGAAUCUUCUAUCAUUCGAUGGGAACGGGGACACCUCAGCCAAAAGGUGGAAGACGACGCUGAGGAAGAUACGCGAGGUGGUUUUGACCGGCUCACUUCGCUCUUUCUGAGGCCGAGCCUGUCACAGAAAAUGUUGGACGAGCUGAUUGAAGAAUACAAUGACAUUGAAGAAGAGGAAGGAAAAGUGGUCACUAUGCUUGCUGACGGCAAGAAGCGACUGCCGAGAUUGCGGGAUCUUGGCAUUGACCCUGCCACCCUAACAAAGGCUGCUGGUAGCUUUGCAAGACUUACCGUGUCACACUCGAACAUGCGAGGCAGCCCAAUUCUUACUCGGGUCACUUUGAAGCUGUUGACAUCGAAGAAUGGUCGGUUGCUACAGGAGUUUUCAAUGUGCAACCUUAUCAGAGCGUGCGAAGCUGCGGCAAUAAAUGAGGCUGUUGGACGCGGCGAAGAUUUGGUCGUCGGACAGUUUGCACGUCGAUUCCUGCAACUGCUGAACGAGGCAAAUGACGCAUCAGAAGGGGCCACUGAUAGUAAGGCUACGUCGGACCUGAAGCUCUCGUCGGCAUCGCCCGAGGAAAUUGCCACUCUGCUUUGGUCUCUGGGUGAAUUGGGAGCCAGGCAUUUUGUGUCUGACAAAGACAAACAGUCAGCAUAUCGGAAACUACGCCUCGUAGUGGAAAGCCCCCUGCUAACUGAUGAUCAGAUACAGUGUUUCUCCACAACUUCAGCUCUUCAAGCGCUUCGUGGCUUGGUAACGCUAAACGCCAUGCGCAGCGACAAACUCAGCCUCCUCAAAGUGUUGAAGUUGAUUGAACCACAGUUGCCAUCCAUUCGGAAUGAAAGAGACUUGUGCGAAGUGGCCGAGUCGCUUGCUGCGAUAAGACGGGUGCUUGCCAUGGAGGAUCCUCCUCUUAGUCACGAAGACGAGGCUUUGAACGUUACCAAGAACGUCGAGGACGACGAAACUGUGGACUUGAAUGCGACAGUGACGGAAAACGUCAACGUUACUGACGAUUGUAAUGAAACGGACCACAGCAAAAAUGCGACGAUGACUGUCACUCCGUCUGAUUCCGAAUUGUUACAGGAAACCAGUUCCAGGAUGCUCUCGACUGUUGCCAGAUACGCCGCCGAACGCGUGACCAACCUCAGAGCGGGUAGUCUUUGUCGUCUCCUGGUUGUGUAUUCCUUGCUACCGUUCCAAGCGGACGACUUUAUCAACGCUUGCGAGUUGGAGGUAGCAAGACGUCAGGCCCUACUCGAAGAAGCAUCUUCAGCCUCCAGCGUGGAAGAUCUCUUGCGACAGGCAGCGCAACUAGCCGUGGCGGCCAACGCGACACUGUUAGGUUUGAAAACUUAUGGAGAGGAUGAUGCCGAUGGCAGUUCCCCCGUCGCUGCGCUCAAGAAGGGGAUCAUGUCACUGUUUUCUUCAUCAUCAUCAUCACCGGACGAGGACGAAGAUUCCAAACAGGAGAUGGCUUCAAAUGAAGCCAUAGUGCAAAGAUUCACUAAUGAAGUCGGGAGCCUCUUUCAGCGAGUGACUGCUGUGGACACAUGCAUGGAGCAGAUUGGGAUCGCUUCCAAUGUACAUACUGACACUGCCUUGCAAAAAAUCAUGGAAGGAGCCAAUUUUGAACUCGGACGAUGCCAUGAACUGAUUGACAACUAUCGACGAAUAGAAUUCAGCACGGGAAGACGGAAGAGUCGGUACGAUUACGACCGGGACAUUGGCAAACGAUUACUGAGUCGUCUGAUUCCGCGAUAG